AGUAGGGAAGACCAGUGAAAGUAGCUGGAGAUGGUGUCGAAUGUUUUAUGGAACCCAAGAUGACCGGCAGUCUUGGCAUCGUGGUGUUCGGCCAAGAGUUGGGUACGAAGACCACAUGCGUCAGGGAUGCGAAGUCAGCGAGUGCCUUUGGUAUCGAUGUAAAGGAGAUUGUCAUGGAGGGAGUAGUCGGGGACAGGGUUGAGGUCACGAAGUGUGUUGUAGAUGGUGGCGAAGUCUGGGCAAGAGAGAUAGCCUUGGGUGUAGCGAUGGUGAAGAGAUGGGUGGAGUUGGAUAUGUGUCAUUGUGGCAAAAACUUUGUCAGGGGGUUUGUGAUCGGGGCGCCGGGAGAGGGCAUCAGCAACACGGUUGCUUUUGCCGGGUAUAUGGCAGAUGGUGAAGGUGAACUGGGCGAGAAAGUACGGGCGCCAGACUUUGAGCGCGUGGAUCAUGGCGAGGAGCUCCUUCUCGUUGGAGGGGUAAUUCAUUUCCGCGGGAAUGAGUUUCUUGCUGGCGAAGGCAAUGGGGUAUUCACCUGGUGGAGCCUCGGGGUGGGUAGGGGAUUCCUUGAUGGAGGGAGUUUCGGUGGUGUCACGAGGGAAAUGUUGGGACAGGACGGCUCCAAUGGCGAAGUCGGAGCCGUCGGUGGUGACGUAGAAAUGGCAAGUGGGGUCGGUGAUCUUGAGGACGGGGGCGGUGGUGAUGAGUUGUUUGAUGGCAUCGAAGGCAUUUUGUCGGCGGUCGUUCCAAGUGAAGGGUUCGUCCUUGCGGGUGAGUUCGUGGAGAGGGUACGACCUUUAGCGGAGACGAUGUGGCCAAGGUAUUCAACGCUUGAAGCGGCAAAGGUGCAUUUGCUGAGCUUGGCGUAGAAUUUUUGCUCUCUGAGGAUAGAGAGGACUUGGGGGAGAUGUUGAAGGUGGGACUCGAAGGUGGGGCUAUAGACAAGGAUAUCAUCGAGGUAGA